GAGGAACCAGUCCCAGGGAAUGAGUCCAAAAUCCUGGGAGUCGAAACAACGAAGACCACAACGUCAGGGGUUGGGACAUGACGCUGCAUGGUUGGACCACCCUCCUCGGAGAGAGGCGCUCGAGUUCGCGGCCGUCCAGCUGAGGGCGUGCCCGGAGAUUGUGCUCGCGGCCGUGCGGCGGAGCCCGGGCGCCCUCCGCUUCGCCGCGCCAGAGCUCAGGGGCGACCCGGCGGUGGUCCUCGCGGCCGCCGAGCGGGGCUGGUUCUCGCCGGGCUGGGCUUCCCUGCUCUCCGCCCCGGGCCUGUGCGGCGACCGCGCGGUGGCGCUGGCGGCGGUGGCCCAGGAUCGCCGACGCCGUCGCCGCCAGAGCUGCGCUU